UAAUGUUUACAACCACUGGGCUGUCAAUAAUUUUAUCGUAAAAACGGAUUGAUUUUGUUGAUACUUCCACAGAGCAUGAAAAGACAAGUGGAUAAUAGCGAGAACUAAAUGACCCCUUCUCGCAUUCAGGUUUUUGUUAAUUUUGAAUUCCCCUGUUUGGUUCUGACUGACUCUGAGCUGGGAGCUGGAGAGACCACAGACAUAACAUUUCAGACAGAAGUUUGUUGGUAAACAGUGUCCAGAUGGAAUGGGCGUUCAUCAUGAAUCGAAUGAGCUCUCAGGGUAGCUCUGCAGCCCAGCGCAGGCGGAUGGCGCUGGGGGUGGUGAUACUCCUGCUGGUGGAUGUCAUCUGGGUAGCCUCCUCUGAGCUAACCUCAUACAUCUUCAAGCGACAGGAGUACAACAAACCCUUCUUCAGCACGUUCACCAAGACCUCCAUGUUUGUGCUGUAUUUGCUGGGUUUCCUGCUGUGGCGGCCCUGGAGGCAGCAGUGCACUGGCACUCUGAAAUGUCGCCACUCUGCGUUUUGCCGAGGGCCUAACAUUGCACCCUGCACCACUGACACCACUGGGAACAACUGUUUGAGUGAACCUCUGUAUGUGCCAGUCAAGUUCCAGGACGUACCCGCUGAACACUCAAAUUGUUUAAUUGGAGACUGUGAAUCUUCAGCUUCCAAAAAGCACCGGGUGCGUUUCAGUAACAUCAUGGAGGUGCGUCAGCUGCCCUCCACUCAGGCUCUGGAGGCCAAGCUGUCCCGCAUGUCCUACCCAGCCGCCAAGGACCAAGAAGCCAUGCUCCGCACAGUGGGCAAGCUAACCAUCACUGAUGUGGCCAAAAUCAGCUUCUUCUUCUGCUUUGUGUGGUUCCUGGCCAACCUGUCCUACCAGGAGGCGCUGUCCGAUGUGCAGGUUGCAAUCGUCAACAUCCUGUCGUCCACCUCAGGCCUGUUCACGCUCAUCCUAGCAGCCAUAUUUCCCAGCAACAGCAGCGACCGCUUCACCUUGUCAAAACUGCUAGCUGUGGCUCUGAGCAUGGGAGGUGUGGCCCUUGUGAGUUUCUCCAGCAUGGACAACCCUGAUGGGAAGGGUGUCAUAGGUUCUCUGUGGUCGCUGGCGGGGGCGAUACUUUACGCUGUCUACAUAGUAAUGAUCAAGAGACGAGUGGACCGGGAGGAUAAGCUUGACAUUCCCAUGUUCUUUGGGUUUGUGGGUCUGUUCAACCUGCUGCUGCUGUGGCCUGGCUUCCUCCUGCUCCACUACACGGGCUUCGAGGCCUUUGAACUUCCCAGCCAGCUGGUGUGGACGUACAUCCUCAUCAACGGCCUCAUCGGAACGGUUCUCUCGGAGUUCCUCUGGCUCUGGGGCUGUUUCCUCACAUCAUCACUGAUCGGUACUCUGGCACUGAGCCUCACCAUCCCGCUGUCUAUUAUGGCAGAUAUUUGUAUGCAGAAGGUACGUUUCUCGUGGCUGUUUUUUGCCGGGGCAGUCCCUGUCUUCCUCUCCUUCUUCAUCGCCACGCUCUUAUGCCACUAUAACAACUGGGACCCCGUCCUGGUGGGGCUGAGGAGAGUGUACGCCUUCAUCUGCAGGAAACAUCGCAUUCAGAGACUGCCGGAAGACAGCGAGCAGUGUGAAAGCCUUAUUCCCCUACACACAGUGUCCCACAGCGAGGGAAGCUUCUGUUCGUGAUCCAGCAGUAAAACACAGAGUGGCGAUUGUGGAUCUCGCUGAGCGGGACAUUCUGGAAGCUUUCAGAGACAUUGAACUACCCCAGUGCCUCCUAUUAUAACUAUUUAUUUUCUACAGUUUUGAGAUGACCCAGCCAUUUCUACAAGCUCAUUUUUGUUUUCACAUGUCAGUCGUCACAGACUGAGGUACUCAUGUCACUUUUUUUUUUUUUUUUUUUUACAUUAUCAGUAAUUACUAUGGUGUCAUGUGACCAAAUGAAACGGUACAUGUUGGACUUGAACAUAACACUAACAGAGGUGGAGUGGCUGCAUGUGUGUCUUUUGGAAAAUCUCAAUCAGUGGAAAAGAGUUCCCAUCACUAUUUUAUGAAGGAUGAUGAUUUGUACUGGCUAUUUCAUAUAUGGCCAUUUGCACACUUACAGAGCAAACCUAGUCUUUUCUGAUGGUGUUAGUAUCACCAAGGCAGCAUUAUGGGGAAGCACCUCCUUGAAUUAUAUCCUUGAACUGCAGCGCUCUCUCUUUUUUGGAGAGUCAGCUUCACUGUCAUGGAUUUUUUUUAGCUGCUAUCUGAGAUUCCUGCUUCUCAAAUCAGCGAUAUGAUUAAUCAGUGUAUAUGGCCAAUGAUCAGAUAGAAUUAGAAAUGCAGCUCAGUGAUGAAUUCAUGUUGCCCAGCCUCAGCAGCCCGGGUAAUGACAGAACACUUCAGAGCGACCUCUAAAUGCGUUGCAUGAUACCUUCCACCUCCUCCAGACCUUCAGGUGAUAUUAACACUGUCAUGAGAGCAUCUUUGCAAAAGAAAAUCUCUAUGUCUUGUUUUUAUUUUCUUCUGUUGAGGAAAACUUUUAUUAGUCUGAUGCUGGAAGAAGAAAAUUGAAGCCGCACUACAUCCUACAGACCAACAACCUUCUCGUUUGCCCUUGUUCCCCUGACAGUGCUGGAUACCUGAAGACAAACUGUGACAGAGACACAAACCUUCGCUAUAAGCUACAAAAAAAACAAAAAAACAAAACAAAAAAAAAACGUCUCGCUGCAAUAACGGUCGUCUGCUUGAACGAGCAGCUUCCCUCUCCGAUGGGUGUAAAUACUGUACACAGUGAAACAUUAGCAGAGUAUUGAUGUUUGUUUGUGAACCUCAGACGAACACUACAGAUUUAUCUUCUGAGAUGACGUAUCGGUUUAUAUUUGAUGUAUUAUUUAAAUGAUUACUGCCGGAGGAAGAGUUUGCAUCACAGUUGCAACGGAGAUUAUAUCACGGCAGUCGGACUGUUGUACGUGGUCCGUUAAUUUACUGCUUGUGAUUUCAUGUGAUGAGACGAAGCGUUUCUUUUAGCAGCCUCAGUGUGUGUCAUGUGACCGAGGGUGUGUACAUCGCAGUUGAAGGUGAGAUGUAAAUGCUGGUCCACUCAUCCCGUUAAAUGCCAGACGUGUGCACAUCUUUAUGGAGUGUUUUUAUUGCACUCGUCAUUGACUGGACGUAUCAAGUGCAGGAGGAAAUAAGCAGCUGGCGAGGGUCAAUUAAUGGGUCGAGCAGUUGUAAGUGACAGAUGGAAGCUGGAUUCAUUGUAGCACUUACUGUAUUUUUGCCACCCUCUGUCAUGACUGCACGUGUGAAAGGGUUUUUUUUCUUUUUACAGGUCAUGAUAUUUCUAAUGUUGGCUGCAUAGAAAGUUAUCUCUUCAUCUUUUAUCAGUGGUGCUUGUGGAAUCAUGUUAUUUUAAUUUCUUUCUCAGGUUCUUUGUCUUGUUUUUAUUAUCUGAGCAAUUUCUUUGUCUUUUAAGUGUCAUUAAUGAAGAUGUUAUAAGAUGUAAAUGAAGGCCCAGAGAGAGGCUGUGAUAGCAGCGUCCCUUUUAUCAGCCGAAGCUCUUGAAUAAUCCUGUUGUUUUGCAAGACUUUUCAUACUUACACUGCACUAUUAAAACAUAUUGUUUUAA